GUCACCCUCCGCAAUCUCCUUUACUGCUCCCUUCUCUCUCUUGCUCUGCACUUUCUCACAAUUGUUUUCUCUCUCUUAUCUCUCUCUUGACAAAUAUAGAGAUAUCCAAAUGGAUCUUCAUAGUCUGGCUAUCAUCCUACAAGGUGCGCUCAGCCCCAAUCCCGAUGAACGAAAAGCCGCCGAGGAGAGCCUUAAUCAGUUUCAGUAUACGCCUCAGCAUUUGGUGAGGCUGUUGCAGAUCAUUGUAGACGGCAGCUGUGACAUGGCAGUACGGCAGGUCGCGAGUAUUCAUUUCAAGAACUUUAUUGCGAAGAACUGGUCCCCUCAUGAUCCGGGUGAGCAAUCAAAGAUCUUGCCCAGUGAUAAAGACAUGGUCAGACAGAACAUCCUUGUGUUUAUUGCCCAAGUUCCCUCAUUAUUGAGGGUACAACUGGGUGAGUGCCUCAAGACAAUAAUACACGCAGACUACCCGGAGCAAUGGCCAAGUCUUUUGAAUUGGGUGAAGCAUAAUUUGCAAGACCAGCAAGUUUAUGGAGCUUUGUUUGUGCUCCGGAUUCUUUCUAGGAAAUAUGAGUUCAAGUCAGAUGAGGAGAGAACACCAGUUUAUCUCAUUGUUGAGGACACAUUUCCGCACCUGCUCAGUAUAUUUAAUAGACUUGUUCAGAUUGCCAAUCCUUCAAUAGAAGUAGCAGACUUGAUCAAGCUCAUCUGCAAAAUAUUCUGGUCAUCCAUAUAUGGCUCUCACUACGUAUGUCUGGUGCUCUUAUUGGAUAAUUCAUCUAUCAAGCACAAUGCCCUGGUCAGAGAACUCCUUAAGCUUGACAGGUUCAAGUCAGAUGAGGAGAGAACACCAGUUUAUCUCAUUGUUGAGGACACAUUUCCGCACCUGCUCAGUAUAUUUAAUAGACUUGUUCAGAUUGCCAAUCCUUCAAUAGAAGUAGCAGACUUGAUCAAGCUCAUCUGCAAAAUAUUCUGGUCAUCCAUAUAUUUGGAGAUCCCAAAGCUGUUGUUUGAUCCAAAUGUGUUCCAUGCUUGGAUGGUUCUGUUCUUAAAUAUGUUGGAGAGGCCUGUCCCAUUAGAAGGCCAACCUGCUGACCCCGAGAUCAGGAAGUCUUGGGGAUGGUGGAAGGUAAAAAAGUGGACAGUACACAUAUUGAACCGCCUGUACACCCGGUUUGGAGAUUUGAAACUUCAAAAUCCAGAAAACAGAGCUUUUGCCCAAAUGUUCCUAAAGAAUUUUGCAGGGAAAAUUUUGGAAUGCCAUUUAAAUUUAUUGAAUGUGAUUCGCACUGGUGGCUAUUUGCCUGACAGGGUUACGAACCUUAUUUUGCAAUACCUGAGCAACAGUAUUUCUAAGAAUAAUAUGUACAAUCUGCUGCAACCAAGAAUCGAUAUUCUUCUUUUUGAGAUAAUCUUUCCACUUAUGUGUUUCAAUGACAAUGAUCAAAAGCUUUGGGAUGAAGACCCACAUGAAUACGUGAGGAAGGGUUAUGAUAUAAUUGAAGAUUUGUAUAGUCCUAGGACUGCUGCAAUGGAUUUUGUGAGUGAGUUAGUGAGAAAGCGUGCAAAAGAGAACCUUCAAAAGUUUAUACUAUUCAUUGUGGAGAUCUUUAAAAGAUACAAUGAGGCAUCAGUGGAAUGUAAGCCCUUUCGACAGAAAGAUGGUGCCCUUCUUGCUAUUGGAGCACUAUGUGAUAAAUUGAAACAAACAGAACCUUACAAGUCUGAGCUUGAGCGUAUGUUAGUGCAACAUGUUUUCCCUGAGUUCAGUAGUCCUGUGGGACAUCUUAGAGCCAAGGCAGCAUGGGUUGCAGGGCAGUAUGCCCAUAUUAACUUCUCAGACCCAAAUAAUUUUCGCAAAGCAUUGCAAAGCGUUGUUGCUGGGAUGCGUGAUCCAGAGCUUCCAGUUCGUGUUGAUUCUGUUUUUGCAUUGCGUUCCUUUGUUGAAGCCUGCAAAGAUUUGAGUGAAAUACGACCAAUUCUUCCAGGACUGCUUGAUGAGUUCUUCAAACUUAUGCAUGAAGUUGAAAAUGAGGAUCUUGUGUUCACUCUUGAGACUAUUGUGGACAAAUUUGGGGAGGAGAUGGCACCAUAUGCUCUUGGAUUAUGCCAGAAUCUGGCUGCUGCGUUUUGGAAGUGUAUGAACACUGCUGAAGCUGAUGAUGAAGUUGAUGAUCCAGGUGCGUUGGCAGCAGUUGGCUGUUUGCGUGCCAUAAGCACAAUUCUUGAAUCAGUGAGCAGGCUUCCUGACCUUUUCGUCCACAUUGAGCCAACUCUGCUUCCAAUAAUGCGCAGGAUGCUUACUACAGAUGGGCAAGAGGUUUUUGAAGAAGUUUUGGAAAUUGUGUCAUAUAUGACCUUUUUUGCACCCACAAUAUCCCUGGAUAUGUGGUCUCUCUGGCCCUUGAUGAUGGAAGCUUUGGCUGAUUGGGCUAUUGAUUUCUUUCCAAAUAUUCUGGUUCCAUUGGACAACUACAUAUCCAGGAGUACGGUGCACUUCCUCACAUGCAAGAAACCAGACUAUCAGCAGAGCCUUUGGAAGAUGAUUUCAUCUAUCAUGGAAGAUAAAAAUUUGGAGGAUGGCGACAUUGAGCCUGCACCUAAGCUUAUUGAAGUAGUGUUCCAGAAUUGCAGGGGGCAGGUGGAUCAUUGGGUUGAACCAUAUAUAAGAAUUACAGUUGAGCGAUUGCGUCAAACUGAGAAACCAUCUCUGAAAUGCCUUUUGAUGCAAGUGUUACUGAGCGUUGAUGGAGACUGCACUGCUUGACAGUUGGUUGCUUGAGGAACAAGUUUGCUUAUGCCUCGCAAAAUGUCAGACUCAGUGGCGAGCCACAUAAGGACUAUUGCCCACCCUCAAUUUUUUUUCUUACCAUUACUCAUAAUUUGUAUUCAGGUUUUUUAGUAUGUCCAAUUAUGCCUACCCUAUAUUUUUAUCAUAUCAAUUAAUAUAGAGACGCUCCUAAAUGAUGAUUAAUUUUUGGACACACUACAAAAACAUUCGGAUAAGUUUGGACCUAUUAUUGAUGUGUUAUCUAGCAUUAAGUUUUCAUACCUAACAGAGAUUUGUGGUCUUACUCAAAAAAAAUUUAAGACAAGAAAAG